AAAUUCUUUUCAACUGAGUCGCCAGUUAGUCGCGAGAAGCGUGCGAGUACGCUUGAAUAUUUCCAGCAAUAAUGUCCAGAUUUUGGCUCGCAAUUUGUUGCCUGCUUGUGGCAAGUGGCACCACCACCAGCAUAAGCAUCAGCAGCAGGCAUUGGUGGCCAGCCAGGUUGCAAGCUGCUCGGGUGACGUACUCGCCGGAGCUGUUGCAAGAUCUUCGCGAAUUUAUCAAUCUGAUACCGAGCAUCACCAUCGACGAGCUGAUCGCGGAGCAUAUGGUUGUUGAUUCCGGAUUUCGUAAGGCUGUCAAAUUUAUACGCAGUUCGGACUUUAAGCAGCUGCAGCAACGCGCCGAGUCGCUGCCCGAGAUAAUUGAGGUUAUAAAUUUUGCGCAUCUGAAUGAUACAAACAUCACAUCCAGAAUUCGCAUCGACGAGCGGCUCAGGCAGCAGCUGAUAGCCAGCGCAUACAAAAGCUAUGGCUAUCAGUUGACAGACGGGGCGCCGGCUGGUAAUGAUAUUGAUGAGGAGGGCGUGGUCGUGGUCCUGCUGCCCCACACUGGUCACGAGGUUGUGCUUCCGCCCACAUCCGGCAGCUUUGUCAGCUUCGCCCAGGAGCUGUUGACCCAUCUGCCGCGGGAUCGUUUCAUUGCGCUGAUCAAUGAGAAACGUAAAAACAGCAACGUUUUUCCCAAAUUCUACGAGGCCAUACGCAGCGAUGAGUUUAAAUCUCUCUUGGACAAGACAAUGAAAUCACAGAAUGUGCUGAAUAUUAUUAAAACACUGGCCAGCCAUGAGAUCGAUGCACUGAGUCUGAAAGGUAUUGCAUUGGAGGUCAUCUCUUGGGGUCCGACGCCCUGAUUUUUACAUUAAAUAUAUGCAUAUAAUGACAUUUGCUCACAUAUUUUAUAUACAUUCAUGUCAAAAAACAUUGAAUGCUUCUGUGCUGCUUCCAAAAUUAUUAAUUGCAAAUAUUACUGCAUACUUUCAUGCUGCAGGCCAAUGGCUGGCAAAUUUUGGGAUUCACAUGUAGGUCUCACUGAAAUCCGUGUAUAUUCUCCAACGACAUGAGAUUGCGAUUCUUCAAGGUAUGAUGUUUUGUAAUGUUACUUGUCACUUCUGUGUAAAUGAAAAAAUUCAUGUGAAUAUAUAAUAUUAAAUAAUAUAAAAUAUAAAGAAAUUUUAGGAUCUAUGUAUAUGUAACAAUUAAAAAAAAUAAGCAAGCAAA